AUGGCUGACCAAGAAGUGAUCAAAUUGGGUCCGAGGAAUGAUAGUGUGUUGUAUUUGCAAAAAGAUGGCAAGCACGUGUCUAUUGCUGCGUGGAACCAAAUAAAUAGAAUUCUGAAAGUGAGAAAAUAUCGGGAUUUUCGAGAUUUUAUUCCCGCUGAAAUUGUAGGCCACCUUCGUCAAGCCGGAUUUUACGAAGCCGCCUUAGCUGGGUCUCUGAAACUUGACAAAGUUUUAAUAUCAGCUAUGGUGGAGCGAUGGAGGCCUGAGACACACACGUUUCAUAUGUCGUUCGGAGAGUGUACUAUCACUCUGCAAGAUGUUGCUGUUCAUCUUGGCUUACCCAUUGAUGGGAAUCCUGUCACCGGAGUUACUUGGUGUGAUUGGUCUGAGCUUGUAGAGGACUUGCUCGGAGUGGUGCCACCCGCCAGUGCUAUCAAAGGAGGUGGCUUGAAGUUGGUUUGGCUAGGUGAGCAAUUUAAUUUUCAUAAUCUAGGCGGUGCCGACCCGAUACAACUUAUGUAUGCUGCAAGAGCAUACAUCUUGCGACUAAUUGGCACUUUCUUACUAUGUGACCACACCGGUUCACAUGUCCCUCUUAGAUAUCUCAUUCUCUUACGAGACUUUGAGGAGACCGCAAAGUAUAGUUGGGGUUCAGCCGUACUAGCACUUCUCUAUCAUGAGUUGUGCUAUGCAACCGGUGCUUCACGUACAGAGAUUGGCGGCUGUGCUUAUUUGAUACAAGUGUGGGCAUGGCUAAGGAUUCCAGGAAUCGGCCCGGAUCCACCGAGGCUGCACCGUGGCCUCCCACUCGCGGCAAGGUAUGCACAUAAUUUAAAUAAUAAAUUUUGUUGCUAA